GUGCCUGUUAUGCCACUUGCUUCCCCAGUUGUUGGAGCACCUGGUUGCCCUGCUCCUCUGUCACUGGCAGAGGCACUCGGCCCCCCAGCAGCGCCUCUCCGCACGCCGCUGUCCCUCGCGGAGUCGCUGGUGCCCGAAAGCGACGUCGGUUCACCCCAAAGCCAGAACCGCUCCUUCAGCGUGACCAUCGCCAAGGGCCCUGACAGCGAGUUAGGCCUAGACGUGUCCCAUGAGCCCGGCGGCAAGGUGCUUCGCGUGGAUGGAAUUCGGCCGACCGGUGCGGUGAAGGCCUGGAACCAGCAGUGCCUUGCGUCAGCGACUCCAGAGCAGGCCAUUGCUGUCGGCGAUAAGAUCACGAGCGUGAACAACGUGGCAGCAGAUCCAGUCAAGAUGUUGAAGGCCUGCGUGUCGCAGCAGACACUGAGCUUGGAUAUCGAGCGCGAGGGCCCAAACACCUCUCCAGUGAGGAGUGGGGUGCUGAGGGCGGAGGCCAGUGAGUUCAUUCCACGAACCGGCCUCGAGGUACCAACCAGCGCGGACGAAUGA